AUGACGCUGGUUGACGGCGGUUCCAACGUAAAGAGGGACGGCCUGAACCGCCGAGCCUUUGAUGACUUCUGGCCCGUCCUCGCAACGACUGCCGGCUGGCCUGUCGUCAUCUACAACGGCCCGGACGGCAUGGUGUCAACGGAUCUGGAAGAUCGUAUCAGGAAUUGGCUGUGCCGGCAGCCCGCUGUCAUCCCGAGCUACUACGACACGGACUUGAUGCAUUUCCCCAACAGGGGGGGCAAAAACAACGAUGGCCAGAUGCCGAUAAACGGUGGUCAUGGCAUUGGCUGGGGCGUCCCUCGAAUCUCCAGCAACGGCACCAUCAUCCUGCCCGGAGAGUUUCCCUAUGGCGGAUUCAGCGAAUUGCUCGAGGAUUUUAUAUGCUAUCAACCGCAGGAAUCGACGACUACCACAACCGCGACCAGGGCGCAGACGACGCAGCCUUCCAAGCCCACAGUAAAGCCGCCAAAAAGGCCUGACCCUCAUCAAAACAAGGCUAAAUGCUACAAACGAGGGAAAAAGAUGACCAACUUGCGGCUGCAGUACGGCGCUGAGUCGUUCUGCUCCAACCUACGCUCCGAAGCUGGCAUCCGGGCCCGUGAUGUCGAAGGGAGGACGACUGGAGGGUUCCGGGCGGCUUUAAGAGAGAAACUGUAA